UUCAGGCUUAAUUCAUACGUCACUCGGGUACACAUUUUGAAACAUGAGGUUACUGUAUUCACUUUUCCAUUGCUCCGCAUUUCUCGUUGGCUUCACACUUUCCGUCGGUGUCCUGCCGAUUCCAAAUGAACACGCUGCGAGUAUUAAGGCAAAGUUUGAUGACUACGCAGAGCACUAUCUUUUGCCCGAAGAUUUUCACAAUGCAGAAACCGCACCGGUUAAAAAACCAACAGACGCCGAGAUCGAGUCAAUGCAAAAUUCGCUUCUUUUCGAAGGAGAUAUUAUGGGAGUUCCUGAAAUUGAAAAGUCGGAUAUUCUGAAGAGACUCAGAGAUGAUCCACUUCUCGAUGAAGACGAGAUUUUUAGAAAACCUUUCCACAGUGCCUUGAACUUGGUGACCUAUCCCGACAAGCUCUGGCCGGAGGGACAAGUUCCAUAUAUGCUGGAAGAAGGAAUGACUAAUGAUCAAAGAACAGCAAUUGCUCAAGCAUUUGAUGAGUACAAAACGAAGACAUGUGUUCGAUUUGUUCCUAAAACUGACGAUGAUUUUGAUUAUAUUUAUGUGAAGAGAAAUGUUGCUUUUGGAUGCUCUUCGUAUGUUGGCAGAGCUGGUGGAAAUCAGACUGUGUCGUUGGAGGUUGAUAAGUGCUUUUCGAAGGGAAUAAUUGCUCACGAACUGAUGCACGCUCUAGGAUUCUUCCACGAACAUUCACGAACCGAUCGAGACGAUUUCGUAGAUAUAAACGAGGAUAAUAUUCGACCAGGAAUGAUGCGUAAUUUUGAAAAGUAUCCAAGAAAAAUUAUUGAUUCACUUGGAAUGCCAUAUGACUACGAGUCUGUCAUGCAUUAUCAUAAGUUGGCAUUCUCCAGAAAUGGUAAACCAACUAUUAUUCCAAAGGACAAUGAAGCAGAUGUUGGACAGAGAUAUAAGCUUUCUGAGAUGGAUUCUAAGAAGGUUAAUAAGCUUUAUCAAUGUGGAGAGUAUUCGAAAACAUCGUCAACUACAACUACUACAACCACUACAACCACUACAACCACUACAGAGGAGCCAACUACAACUACUGAAGUGGAGGAGAAGCCGAAGGAUAAGAAGGUGUCAAGUACGACGACUACAACUAAGAAACCGACUACUACAACUACAACUACGCCAAAACCAGUGGAAAGAUCCAGAAAUAAGAAAUGCGAAGAUCUCAAUGCUCAUUGUGGAAUGUGGGAGCAGCUUGGUCACUGCCAGCAUUCUGUGAAAUACAUGGCCCACUAUUGCCGAAAAGCUUGUAAUCUCUGCGAAGUCGAGGUCACAACAACCACCACAACCACCCCCAAACCAGUACCACGUAACAAGGAAAAAGAGAACAAGUCGGCAUCGUCAACGACACGUGGCACCUCUACUGCCACAUCUACAACUCCCAAAACGACGACGACAACGACGUCAGCUCCAAAAGAAAAAUGUGAAGAUAAGAACUUGUUCUGCAGUUAUUGGGCAAAGAUCGGAGAGUGUAAUAGUGAGAGCAAGUUUAUGAAAAUAUUCUGUAAAGCUUCGUGUGGGAAGUGUUAAGCUCUGUUGUUAUAGGGUGAUCACAAAGUGUUAGAAUAUUUUCGCGUAAGAUUUGAUGCAUUGACGGCAAGUAGAUUUGAUCUACACCAUUCUCACGGUUCGGAAAAAGGCACGCAAUUUUUGAAAAUAACUAAAAAAAAUCAACUUGUUUAAACCAAAGGCUUUGUUUUAAAACGCGCUCCCAUCCGAUUGCGCGGAGUUCGAUUUGUGUAGAUCAAAACUAUUUGCAUCACCAGUGCAUCAGAUUCUACGCGAAAAAAUAACGCUUUCCGAUCACUCUUACCUAAAUUCAUUGUACCAUAUUUAUUCCGGGUUUCCGUGUCCGUUUUCUUUCAUUGAACCAAAUCCGGUUCUACCCCAUCCCGUUUUGUCAUUUCUUCUCAAAAAAAUGUCUUUCAAAUUGUAACGACCAUGUCGUAGUGUGUGUGUACCCUCACAAGUUGUAUAUCA